GGGUCCUGCGCAGUGGCCGCCGUCCCGUCCGCGCGACUGGCCGACAUGUCCUUGGCGCUGCUGCGUCGGGCCGGCCGCGGCCGCGCCGCCCUGCGCGCGCUGACGGCGGCGAAACUUCAUGUGAGUGCCUCUCGGAACCUGAAGUAUAGCUGGCUGGCCUAUAUUUUGGGGGAGAGAACCACUCCAAGGUUCAGUGAGAACAGCAAAGUUUUCGUGGUGGAUGGCAAUUUGUGUUCUGGCAAAGGCAAACUUGCACGGCAAGUCGCAGAAAAUCUAGGUAUGCGAUAUUUUCCAGAAGCAGAUGUUCAUUUUUUAGACUCAGUCACUGUGGAUGGAACAUUAUUAGAUUCCAAAUUCAAUGGUGAUUGUAGUCUGGAGAAAUUUUACAAUGAUCCUAAACAUCCAGAUGGAAACUCUUACCGGCUUCAAGCCUGGCUCUACUCUAACCGCCUGUUACAGUAUGCUUACGCCCUGGAGCAUCUGUUGACUACAGGGCAAGGAGUAGUGCUGGAGCGCUCCCCCUUCAGUGACUUUGUCUUCUUAGAGGCGAUGUUGAAGCAAGGCUAUAUUCACAAACGCUGUGUGGACCACUAUGAGGAGGUCAAGCAGCUCAGUAUCUGUGAGGUUCUGCCUCCCCACCUGGUCAUCUACAUUGACGUGCCAGUCUCGGAAGUGCAGAAACGGAUUCAAGAGACAGGCGAGCCGUACGAGAAAAAGGUCUCACCUGCCUAUCUCCAGAGUAUUGAGGACAGCUACAAGAAAUCCUUCCUGCCUCAGAUCAGUGAGACCUCGGAGCUCUUGCAGUACACGGCCAGCGAGGCCGCGCAGGUGGAGAAGGUCCUUGAAGACAUUGGGUACCUGAAGUUUGGCAAGGGGCCCUGGCUGGAGCAAGACGACGUCAGCUUGCAUCACCUGCGGGUUCAUGUGGAAGACAAAUUGAGAGUGAUCUACCCCACGUGUCUCCCCUUCUUCGUCCCUGAAAUCACGGUGGGGGGCCUUGAGUUCGACAAGCUGUUUCACGAAUACAAGGCGCUCCCGGGACGCAAGUAUGACGUUGGCUACAAUGCGGACAUGGGGGACAAGUGGGUCUGGCUGAAGUAGCAGCGUCCCCGAGGCGGGAGGCGCCUCCGUCGACCGACCGGUUCCCUCUGCAGGCCUCUUCUGAGGAGAUGCAGGAAGGGCCGCCACGGUUAAAGGAACCUGCAGAGAGGAGGGAGGGAUGCCUUUCCUCGUGCGUGCAGAUUUUUGUGACUUAAAUUCCACUGGGAAGCCGGAGAUGUGGUCAGCAUUGCAGGUAGACUCGUCCAUUUGAAGGGGGAUCUCAGGCACAGGUGGGACUGGGCUGGGGCAAAAUAAAGCUCUUUGCUCGUGUU